AUGGGUAUUAUGUUGGCAAAAAGAAUGGAGAUGGGCGUUGACUGGAUUGAGCUCUACAAAUUGGCUAAAGCCCAACCGUUAAUUUCAUCCAUGCAUUCUCUGUUUAUUCAAGGAGAAUCAUCUACACCCCCACAGUUCUCUUCCUCACCUAACUGGAACUAUGAUGUAUUUUUGAGUUUCAGAGGUGAAGACACUCGAAAAACGUUCACUGGUCAUCUUUAUUCAAGAUUAUGUCAAGUUGGAAUUAAUACCUUCAUAGAUGAUGAGGAGUUGAGAAAAGGUGAGGUGAUAUCAAGAGAACUGGAGAAAUCCAUUGAACAAUCUAGGAUUUCCAUUGUGGUUUUCUCGAAAAAUUAUGCUUCGUCUAGUUGGUGUCUUGAUGAACUAGUUAAAAUUCUCGAAUGCAAAGAUAAGUUAAAGCAGGUAGUUUUGCCUGUUUUCUAUGACGUUGGUCCUUCUACAGUGCGAAAGCAAAUUGGAUACUUUGGUCAAGCUUUGGCUGGACACAAGGAACGAUUUGAGGCUCAAAGAAUAGAAAAGUGGACAUGUGCACUUACUGAAGCCGCAAAUUUAUCUGGAUGGGAUUUCUUUGGAAGUUGCUGA